AUGAGCUCUCUUGCCUGGUCCGCUAACGCCGGCCCCCUUGCUCGCAAGACUAAUAAAGCCGUUAUGGCUCUUGGUGUCAGUAAGCGUGUUAGAGAACUGCGCGGCCUGCCUUCUAAGCGCAGUGAUGAGUACCGUGUGAAGAAGAACGUUCGAUCCCGCCAUUCACCCACUUCUUUGCGGCUCGAAAAGCUGGAUUUACAUUACAACCCCAACAACCUCGACUACCUCCUAACCAAGCGCGAGCCCAUUCCCAGGCACAAGCGCUCUCGCCUUCUCGCGCCGGAGAGCUGCUACAAGGACCUCAAGAUAUACGAGGAUCCCAAGGAAAAGGUGACCCCGAAGAGGCCCGUUUCCGAUCCCGAUGCCAGGAUCCUCCAAGCCCUCACCCCGGAUGAGCUCGCCACCCGCACCUCCAACUUCGAUCUCUGGAUCGAGCGGUUCGGCCACAUCAACCUCGUCAACGGCCCAGACAGAAAGCUACCCGCCGGCGACGCCCUCAACAACGCUUUCGACAUCGGGGUCCGCGCUCUCAGCUAUCCCUUCAAAAAGCGCGACGAAAAAGUCCUCAUGUUCCUUCUCCGUCUCGUGGAGAAGCGCAUCCACUGCCAUGAACGCGACCGAACCGGAUGGCUGCUCAGCCAACCAAUCGACUUAGAGGUCGAAGACAAGUACCAAGUCGAGGACUUGAUGCGCGAGGCCAGGUGGUCCCAUGACUUUGGCUUCCUCAAUUCCGUGGCCGACUCCAUCGCCAACCGCAUAGAAGAGGGUUGGGGCUUCACUGCGGAAGAAGAGGAGAACAUGGGCCGCAACUCCUCCCUUUCCUACUUCCGCGACUGCUAG